UAUGUGGAUCGAUCAGUGGUAAUUUCUCGGCUUUUACUGAGAUUUUGGUAAUUGUGUUAUUGUCCAGUGACAGAAUACUUCAGGUCGAGUAGUUUAUGAUUAACGUUAACUACGAGAUCCAAUCGACCAAUCCAGCAUAUAUGGAAUCCAUAGAGACGAUAAACGUCCCGGAUAGGGAAGUAAUCGUUUUGGAUGAUAGCCAAGAAUCCGUUGCCGACAGUGAGCAUAAUAACGUUUCUUCUUUCGAUAUAAUAACUUUGGAUGACACUGCAUUGUCAGCGGACACGUAUAAAGAUUCUAUUAACUCUGACGAGAAUAUCAAUGUUGAAUCCCGUAACAUCUCACUACAAGAUUCGAAGUUACCUGAUGACGGACAACCUUUGUUUAAGGUUAUAUUUAGGGACGAGAAUGUCGCACGGAAACAUCGAAAACAGGUGAGAACUUUCCUGGAGAGUUUGAUAUCAACUGAACCUAACAAAAAUGAAGAUAGUGACAGAGAUUUAGUUUUGGAAAUUUGGGGCAAAGAGAUUGAUUCUAAUAAGUCUGAUGAUGAUGUAUGUAUAAAGAGUGAUAAAGUUGAAGAUUCAUCAGGCAAUACACUUUUCACUGUUGACACUAACCCCAAGCAGAAAAACAAUUAUGCCAUUCCUACUUAUGGCAAGAAGUAUAAACAAUUACUGGAGAAAUCAGGUACCGAGGAUAAAUCAGAAUCAAAGGAUGCAUGUACUCCUAAACUGAAUUGCUUUAAUUGUUCGGGUGAUCAUAAUUUACGUGAUUGUACCAAGCCACGCGAUUACAAUAAUAUCAACAAAAACCGCAAAGAACAUAAUGCAAAAAUGGGUCCAAGAUAUUCCAGAUAUCACUUGGAUGAUGAUCAGAGAUUUGGUCAUUUAAUACCAGGCCAAAUUAGUAAUAACCUACGUAAAGCAUUGGGCCUUAAAGACAAUGAUCUGCCUAAGCAUAUCUACAGAAUGAGAAUACUUGGCUACCCUCCAGGGUGGUUAGAAGAAGCCCGUCUCCAACAUUCGGGUAUAACGUUGUUUAAUUCGGAUGGGACUGUUGAGGCUGAUCCUAAUGAGGAUGAAGGAGAGAUCAUAGCCGAAGGGGACAAAGAUCAAUUUGAUGUAAAAAAGAUCUAUGAUUAUCCCGGUUUCAAUGUGCCGCCACCGCCGGGCACACGUGAACAGGAGUAUAAACACGGAGCACCAAGAAUGCAGCCGCAACACAGUAAGGAGGCGAUGCUGCUAAUGCUCAGCGGUAGAAAAGCAGAUGAAGGAUAUAAAAGAAAAAAAAUGAAAACAGCUGAAACCAAAUCUAUAGACGCUAUUGUAGUCCCAAGUGAAAUGGACAUAGAUGAAGGGGAAGCUAUAAAUGGUUUAGUAGAAUCUAUACCAAGCAAUGGACACUUCAUACCACCAUUACCGAGAGAUAUACCCGUCAGACCUCCUCCACCACCAGGAGUGUCAGAGGACUCGAAUAGUCAGUCUCAGGGUUCUCAUUCCCCAGAUUCUAUUAAUGAAAGCACAACACCAUCGUCCCGCGCAAAUUCGCCGUCGCUCUCGGAUCUGGAAUCUGCAAAGAAAUUGCUACUAGAAGAGCUGGACGACUCUAGUUCACAUUCGAAUUUAGAGAGCCCUGCAGGGAUCAGUAAUAAUGCGUUAAUCACUUCGACGCCGACUACGCCUGGCGUCAAAAUGUCUGUCUCAAGUUGUGUUGUCACACCGCAAACAAGUCGAACUCACAGUGCCAGAAAGACACUAAACGAUAGUUGCGGUUCAGUGAAAUCAGUGGAGUUGGGUACUCCACUAAUACAUAGUACAUCGCCGUACAAUAAAUUGCCAUCGUCCGAAAAAUUCUCAAAGGAUAUCUGCGACGUGUUGCACUUUGAGACUUUACCAGAUUCAACGGGUAAGUACGAGCAAAUGAGUGGUCUUAUUCAGAAGGUGCGCACCACCCUGGCGAAAAUACAACAAGAAUAAUCUAUUAGUUUACUGUGGCGUGUGUCGACUUUCUGAAUUAGGUGCUCGGUGAGUAUAUAUAUAUUUUUAUAAAUUCGACGGGCAAAGGAAAAUCGUGACGUCAAUGUCUUCGUCAAUCGAUUUAUGCAUAAUUCCUGUGUGAUGUACGCAGGGGUGUAGAUUAGAGGAAUAUUCUUUAUUUGUAUAUUAUUGAAAUAUUUUAGAUAUUUUUUGCAUAAUUAUCCACCAAAUUUCGUUAGAAAAAAAUUAAAGUUUGGUUUAAAAUAUUAUCUUUCAUCUUCGAUGACUAAAUUCUUGUGAUGUCAUUCAAUGUUAUUUUAAAUUAUUCAAAGAUCAAGACGUUUCAAAAAUAGCUGUUGUGAUCUGACCGACUGGCUGUCAACCAUUCAUUGAUCAUUUACGUGUAAUUAAAUAAAAUUGUAAUAAGGAAAUAUUUGCUUGAUUUUUAUACAUUAUGCUCAUCUGGAAACACGGUUUUAUGUUAUGGAGCAUAAUAAUAAAUUAACGCAGCGUUGAAAUGAAUUAAAAAUGAUGAAAAAAUCUUGUAAAUUUGCACAGCCAUCACAAGUUUAAUUGCGAUAUUGCAUUUCAAUUUUAAAUUGAGAAUUAUUUUUUUUCUGCCUAUCAUUAAUCGUUAGAAUAUUCUCUUUAUGUACUGAUAAGAUAACUUCUAUUCUGACUAACAAAAGUACAAACACCAUAAUAUUCCUGAUUGGAAAGACAUUUGACCUUGGAUUGGAUACAAGAAAACAUUAAAUUAUUCUCCAAUAACGUGAUGUUGUAAUAGUGAAAACAUCAAUGGAGAAACAUUGCUCUAAAGUAAAUUAAAAUUGGCAAUACACUGUAGGUGGUAAUAAACAUGGAAUUAAUAAAAACUCUUUUUGAUUGACAUGUUCAAGUUCAAAUUAAUAGAUUCAUCUUGAAACUCUUCACGAAAUAUAACGUUAAAACGAUUUAGCUUUUUCUACAAGAUAUAGUAAGCCUUAAGUAUAUUAAUAUUGUACAAAAGGACUCUCUUAACAUCCGCAUUUGGAUCGGUCAUAUUUUUUAAGAAAAUAAAUAAAAUAGAACCAUCAAA